AUGAUGAAAGAAAACCAUACUAUGGUAUAUCAGUUUGUUCUUCUGGGAAUUGUGGACUCUCCAGAGCUGCAGAUCCCACUCUUCAUAUUCUUCCUAAUUGUCUACCUCAUAACACUGGUAGGAAAUCUUGGGAUGAUCCUGUUAAUCAGGCUUGACUCCCGGCUUCAUACCCCCAUGUAUUUCUUCCUCAGCAACUUAUCCUUUGUAGACCUCUGCUACUCUUCAGUUGUCACCCCCAAGAUGCUAAUGGAUUUUGUAGCAGAAAGCAAAACUAUUUCUUUGGCUGGAUGUGCAGCACAGAUGUGGUUUUUUGGUUUCUUCUUGGGCAUUGAAUGUUAUCUCUUGGCUUCAAUGGCAUAUGAUAGGUAUGUUGCCAUUUCUAACCCUCUACUGUACACAGUUGUUAUGUCUAGGAAACUUUGUGCCCAGCUACUGCUUGGUCCCUAUUUUGUAGGCUUGUUAAAUGCUAUUACUCAUACAGGCUUAACUUUUCAGUUAACCUUCUGUGAGUCCAAGAUCAAUCACUUCUUCUGUGACAUCCCUGCUGUGAUAUCACUUUCCUGCUUUGACACACAACUCAACAAGAUAGUGCUUUUUGUCAUGUCCUGUGCUCUUGGCACACUUAGCAGUUCCAUUGUUAUCAUCUCCUACAUUUACAUCCUUGGAGCUAUCCUGAAGAUACGCUCAGCGGAAGGCCGACGCAAGACUUUCUCUACCUGCUCAUCCCAUCUCACAGUGGUUUCCAUCUUUUUUGGGACCCUCUUCUUUGUAUAUGUGCGCCCCAGUUCCAACUUCACAGUAGAUCAGGGUAAGAUAACUUCCAUGCUCUACACAGUGAUGAUCCCCAUGCUGAAUCCUUUGAUUUACAGUGUAAGGAACAAGGAAGUGAAAGAUGCUUUGAGGAGACUGAUCAAGGGGAAAGGAUUUCUCUAA